CGGAGUUAUAAACGGACAUAAACAUAAUUUUAGUCUUUAACCAUAAUCUUAUUACAUAAGCAUAAUGUUGAAAGUUAAUAAAUAAAUGUACCCAUUUAAAAGCAUCCAUAAUACAUAAAACAUAAAUUUAGUCCUUAAAACGUGACCUUCAAAGUUGGUAACUUUCAACAUUUUGAAUUAAGUAUUAAACAUUAUGGAAUUGUUGGAAUAUGCGCAUGCGUUGGUAGAAUCAUCUGCUGUGUGCUGUUUCAGAGAUCAUACAUAACCCUACUAUUUUAAUGUUUUUUGAUGUUUUUGGAGCGAAUUUCGUAAUUAUUAUUUCGUGUUAAAUUAAAAUAAAAAAUAUGAGUGGAUCUGCGAUUCCGUUAGACGAGGAAGGUCUCGUAAAUAUGGUGGAGCAAUACCCACAAUUGUGGGAUCAAAAAUGUAAAGAAUAUAAAGAUAGGAUUGCAAAAGAAAAUGCAUGGCAGUCCAUUGCUGUGAUAUUGGAAGCCAGGGUAAAAGAAUGUCAGGAACUUUGGGAAUAUUUGCGAACAAAAUUUAUUCGAGAAAGAAACAAAAGAAAUAAAAUAAAAACAGGUUCUGCUUCUCAAACCAAUACAUGGACCCUAUAUGACAGGAUGGGAUUCCUUGCAAAAGGAAUUCAGACCAGAAGAACCAAGAGCAAUAUACUAUUUCAAAAGACUGACCAUGAAUCAAGUCCUUGGUCAGAAAUGGUUGUGGAUGAUGAGGGUAUUCUUUCCUCUGUUCCCACAGAAAAUGACUCUGAGGUAGACGAGGAUAUUUUAAACGAGUCAGGGCAAGAAGGGACUUCAGAAUCAGACUGUGUGUCAUUACCAAAAACAACGACACAGUUACCAUGCACGCCUAAAGUCACAAAUGAAGCAAUUGGCAAUCUCAGGGUUGAAAAAAAUAUAAAAAGAAAAGGAAACAAUGAGGUAUCAAUUGAUAAACUUGUCAAUACUUGCACAAGUCUAGGCCGGAAUAUAGAACAAAUUCUAACCAAUAACGAUACCGACCAAGAAGACUACCAUUUUGCCAUGGCGCUUAUGCAGGAACUGAAAAAAAUUCCAAAUAACAGUGAAAAGAUUAAACUAAAGGCAUCAUUUUUUAUGCAAAUAGCUGAUGUGGUGGAUAAAUAUUCCUAAUAUGUUUAAAACAUAAAUAAUUAAAAAGCUUUAAAUCAGAAUUCCAUAUUUAUUUAUUUAAAUUCCUACAUGAGUUAUCCCAGUUUUU